CGGAAGUAAACAGUGACCAAGAACAAUUUCUAUGUUAGUGUUUUUAUUGUUGUUAUUUAGACGUUUAUUAACACGCUGGAACAGAACAUAUCACAAACCUACCACAGGCAGUGUGUAAUUCGCGUUGGAGACAGGACUUAGUUUAUAUGUUAUCUAGGUAACGCUAGCUUGCUAGUUGAUAACGUUAGCUAACGAUGGCUAACUGCAUGGUUUUUCACACUCAAAUAGCUUCCAUCAUGGAGGUGCUAGCGAAUGCAGCCGUGGCAGAGAUCUGUAAACUCAUAGACGACGAACAUGCAGUGUUUAGUUUGGAAAUAACUAAAAGCCAGACAGAAAACAGGGCAUUGCAGAAGAAACUACAGCUACUCGAACUGAAGGUAUCACGGGAGCGCGUCCUUGCCAGUCGUCCCAGUAGUGUCAAGAUCCUCGACCGAUACAGAGGAAUGGCAAGAGGUGAAGGACAUCUCACUGGAGGCCACAGGAGCUUUGUGAAGCCAGCGGUACACAAUACAUGGAGAGAUGACCAACCAAUCACUGUUGAUGAGGGGAGUGGAACCUCAAUCCAGCAUGUUAUUUUGAUAGAGUCUGCAGAGGCUGCAGGUCCUGGAGGAUCGUCUCUGGUCAAGCAGGAGAAGACUGAAAGAAUGGCUCCUUUAGCCACAGAGAACCCCAUCACCGCCCCAGCGCUGCCCAGGACCCGAUGCAGCAUCGGGUCAGUGGAAUACCGAACGUCGUCAGAGAUGGACCCUGAGACUUUAACUGAAACCCACAGGCCCUUGCACACAGGAUAUGACCACAGAUCAGAUCCAGAGAGACUGGGCUGUCCUCCAGCUCCAGGCUCAGAGUACUUACCUGUAUUUCACCAGAGCCAGAGGAUGGUUCAUUGCCGUGGAGACGGUGAAGAUAAUGCGCUAGACACUGGCGGUGAUGACCUGUCUUGUUCUUACGUGACAGAAAUGGACGCUGGCAACAUAUCCUUGGGCUUAGAGAGACAGACUGAUCUGUCUAGAGGGGACUGGAACCAGUACAGUAGUAGUGUAUACUCUGAAGGGUGCCAAGACAAGAAAGUGGAGGUUAUAGUGGUAGAUGAAGUGACUGUGAAAUUGGAGGGUGACGCUCCUCCCACAUGGAAUGCAGAUAGUCAUCUAGGAGACGGACAGUCCCAGGGCAGAGAUUCCUUAGAUUACAGGGAAAGCUUAGAGACCAAUCCAAAUGUUGCGACCCACUCUCCUUUACAUUCGCUCAGGGAUCGCGACCCAGUGUCCACGUCAGUGGGGCCUUGCGAUUCACAAGUCCUUUUAGAUCAGGUAUUGAACUCAAACGAGAAGGCUAGAGACCAGGCUCAGGGAGGGGGAGCCACAUCAGGCAAUAGUAAAGAGAAACGGUUCCUAUGCAUGUUCUGUAACAAAGGCUUCAGCUGCCUCCAGAAGGUGGAAAUCCAUCAGAGGGUCCACACAGGGGUGAAACCCUACAGCUGUAGCCAGUGUGAGAAGAGGUUCUCCCAGACUCGUGACCUGAAGAGGCACCAGAGGGUCCACACAGGGGAGAAACCUUACAGCUGCCCCCAGUGUGAGAAGAGGUUCUCCCGCCAGGACAAUCUGAAGAUACACCUGAAGGUCCACACGGGAGAGAGGCAGUUCGCCUGUAUGCAAUGCGGGAAGAAGUUCACAGAAAGAAGCUACCUCAGGAUACACCAGCAGAAAAACCAUCCCACUCUAUUAACAUAAAAUUGUAACCAUUCCACUUGAUAACUUCUGAAGUUUAGAUCAAAACCUGCAUUAAAGGGUAGGUAAGCAUAAAAAUUCAACCAAAUGUAACAUAUGGAAUUGCAUUAGUAUACGCAUCAAAAGUCCAAAUGCAAAGUUACCUCACUUUUCUAUUUUCCAAGUUAUUACAUAAAACCCAUCAGAAUGCCGAAGUCAUGCCGGAAGUUGUUUUUGCGCGGUGUGAUGUAAUAUGGAGGCCCCAGGCAAGCCACCCUAUUCUCCAUAAUGUAAACUCCAACAGAAAUAACUAAACCAUAUAAAUUACACUCAUGACUACUGGUUUCAAUUACAUUUGAAACCAGUAGUCAUCAGCCAGAUUACAAGCAAAUACUUUGAAUUUGUUACAAAUCAGCUUGCAAUGUUACUAGCCUGCUAACGUCGGUAGUGUAAAGUACUUCAGUAAAAAUACUUUAAAGUACUACUUAGGUAGUUUUUGGGGUAUCUUUACAUUUUUUA